CGAAAGUUAACAUUUUACCGGUAUGUGUUUCACUUUCCGACCUCCGGCGUUCGCACUAUAUGUAACACAACAGAAUCCAAAGGAGUUACGAAGCGUCAGAUCGGUGAAAACCGAAAAGUGAGGAGAGAGGAGCUCGGAUCCGAUUGUUGGUCCCUCGCACAACUUGUUGGAGUCUCCCGAGUCCCGAGUGGGAAUCGACGACGGAACGGCAACGCGUUCGCAUCGAACGUAGGGAAACGGGAGUUUCGCGAGUGUCUUUUUUUCCAAGACGUUUUUUCCGGUUUUUUGACUGAAAAACCGGUUAGUUUUUCCGACAUCCAAAGAAUGUAAUCCGGACAAAAGAAAAUUGACAUAAAAUAAUGGAAAUCACCGGGCCUCGUAAGUUCUAUCGCAGCUGUUCGGCCAGGUCAUCGACCAAACCUGUGGUGAACCUCCCGAAGUCUUCGUACUCCUCACCCACUCCUCCACCUCACAGGAGCCCGAUGUGGGAGGGAGGAGCGAACUUUGAGGCUUCUUAUGACUCACCCAUAGUGAGCUCGCCAAAGUUGAGCCUGAGCAGUCCUACGGAGACGGAGAGGUGUCUUAGCGAGUAUAUUAAUCCAGCUCCCAGGUCUCCGAGGUCACCGCGUUCCCCUUUGGGACAUAACAACGUUUCGCCUCUGGCCAAAUCCUCGACGAUUUUCCAGUUCGGACCUCAAAGUCCGAAAAAUGACAAGGAUCAGUUUGACGUGGAUAAUACUUCGGGUGUAAAACAUUCGAUGCCGAGAAACAUGCAUACCAGGAUCCGCAACGCGAACGACAACAAACCAUAUCAUUCCUUAGACUCCGAUACUCAGACUGUCUCUACCUCCUUAGGAUCUACCACUACUACUAGCUUAAGCUCCAGACACUCCUCACUUAAAGAAAAACGGGGUCGUAGACGACAAUUACCAUCCCCGAACGACUCGUCCAACUCCACCCCUACAGAAAAACCAAAAAUAAGCAGAUGUCGCAAGUCCACCUCUGAUUUAACCGAUCUAGCGGACGACGCUAAUAACACCACCAGCACACCCUUAAGCAGAUCCGGAUCCAGAAAAAGUUCCAAAGGUGGUCUGGCAUACCUGGCCAGCCGUAGAAGUUCCAGAGGGUCCAGGGAGUCGAUUUCCUCGGUACUUAGUAAUGCCUCGAACGAGGGUAUCGGUCCGUUGAACUUUCAACAUCCGAGAAAUCGACAGAGGAGGACUUCGAAUUUUUUGGAGCUACCCGUUCCAGAUCAUAUCAGACCGAGGGUGUGUUCUCUGCCAGAAAAAACGAUUAAUCCACGUUUAAGCGACGACUUGUAUCGCCUGAGGACGUUCAGUAUCACCAAUAAGGGCGUCGUAAACUGUGGAGAUUCCAUCAUAAACAGACGCUCGAGGUCGAACACCAGCGUUAAUUCGAUUACCAGCAGAUCGAACGUCUCGGGUGAACGUUCGCCGUUUGACGGUUCCUGUUGCGGUUCCGGGUACCACAGCGUCGGUUCCGACUCGUUCGACUCCGUAAACGAGACGGAAAUACCGAAGUACCGGGUGGUCACUUUGGGGGAUGCAGGGGUGGGGAAAACCGCCCUCGUGUCCCAAUUCAUGACCUCCGAGUACAUGAACACUUACGAUGCUAGCUUAGGUAAGACAAAAGAUGACGAGUUUGGAGAGCGAACCGUGUCAAUUCUACUGGAUGGACAGGAAUCAGAAAUGGUUUUUAUCGAUCAUCCUGCGUCAGAAAUGUCGGUUGAAAACUGUAUGAGUACCUACGAACCUCACGCCUGCAUCGUGGUCUACUCCAUAACCUCAAAGUCGACAUUCCAAACAGCGGAGGAAAUCCUCAACUACUUAUGGAAAGAGAACUACACCAAAGAGAAAACAGUCAUUGUAGUAGGCAACAAGGCUGAUCUGGCCAGAGCAAGAGUUAUUACACAAAACGAGGGUAAAGGUUUAGCAGUGGCAAAAGACUGCAAAUUCAUCGAGACUUCCAGUGGUAUCCAGCAUAACGUCGAUGAACUUCUGGUGGGGAUCCUGAAGCAGAUUCGCCUAAGGGAGUCGUUGCAGAAGAAGAAAUCGAUGACCAAAGAGAAGAACAAGAUGAAAGGUUCAAAGACCUCGUUGAGACUCCACUUCGCCAAAGAGAUUUUACAGAAAAUCUGCCUGAACGACAUCAGCAAGUCUAAAAGUUGCGAGAACCUUCACGUCCUGUAAACUCUAUGCCAAAACCCGUUUAAUUUAGAACUAUGAAAUAUUCUAUUUUUCGAUACAUGUCGUUCUUCACUGUUGAUCUUUAUAUAUAUAUAGAAAUUAUUACUGUAAAUUUACUUAUGAGUGUAUAUAUAUGACCCGACCUGUAGAUUGAGGCCUAAACGAGAUAUUACCCUAGGAGUUAAGUGACUUUGUCAAUAUAUAUAUAAAAGUAUACCGAAACAUUCCCUAGUUAUAAAAACGUUUCAAGUUGAUAUCAAAAUUAUUGUAGUUUUAAGCUAUUUUAGUUGUAUUCUUGGUAUACAGGAUGGGGUGCUGAAGAGUGCCACUUUUGAUGUUAAUCUCCUUACUUCACAUGACAUAUGCCUUAUUUAUUAUCGGAUCGUUGGUCACAUGCUAUAGUUUGGUUUGGCCAACAGUUUCCGAGAUAUAAAGACUUGAAAAUUAGACUUUUGGAGGUUCUAGAGUCAAGUCUGUUAUAUAUUAAUAUGACGUAACGAAAUUAACUUAGUUGGUAACUUUGUAUACCGUAUAUACACGAACUUAAUAAAUAUAUCUGGACUGCUAAUGCAUAUGACCACGAUACCUAAAAAUGACCACUACCUGGUGGCCGCCAUUUUUAUAGUGGUUGUGUCCUUUUGAUGUUGGUCACUCUGAACAUUUUUAGUGUUGCCAACAAAAAAUAUACUAAAUAAUGGUAAUGAAGUUGACGACGCUGACGUUUGACAUGUGAGUAUAACGGAUUGCCUAGUUUUUGGCGAUUUGAAAACGACGGUGGUCCAUUUAACUUGAGACAUCGAAAUAUCUCGAAAACUAAAUAUGUAUUCAGAAAAUGUUUCAUGUGAAGUUUGAAUGGUUUCCAGGGGGCCAUAAAAUGACGUCAUUGGUUUGACCUUGAUUGGAUGUCUUCAAGGUCAAAUGAAGGUCAACUUCA